UUCACUAAAGGGAAUCUGAUCAAGAAACUGGUUUUUGAAUCUUUUGGGUGUUCUAUAAUGGUGCACGAAGUUGACUAUGAUCAUGUUGAAGAUAUGGAGGUUGAAGUCCUCUCUUCCAUGUGGCCUGAAGACAUUGAUGAAGCUGGAAAGAAAUUCAAUGUGGAAAAGCCAGGAGUCCAUCAAGAUAUGUUAGAAGAUCUGGCCUUCAUUGAAGAGCCGAGUAUAGUUGAUUUCAAACGUUUAGUAGAGCUCACAAGUUACAGUGAAAAAGGGUCUUCCCAGUUGUCUUAUCUUGUAAAAAACUGGGAAUAUAAACAGGAAAAUGCCGUGAGACUUCUAAGGGAAGAGCUUGACAAUUUGAGCAAACAACAACAUGAAGUUGAGCUCAAGAAAUUAGAGAUAUUGGAACAGCAUCGUUUUGAAGAGGAAAGUUAUGGGGGCGAUAAACGUCCGGUUUCUGUUUUGGAUGAAGUUUAUGAAGCAUUUCAAGAUGUUCCCAAGAGAAAAACCGAUGUUAUUAUUGAAGAUAAACGGUUAGAAAUAAAUGCAGAGUAUGAUACAGUUAUAUAUUGGAAGCAACGGGCCUUGCAUUUGGAAAAAUUGUUGGAAGCAAGCGUUCAACGAGAGCAGAUACUCCUAGAGAAGUUGGAGGAAAGCAUUGAAAAUCUUGAAAAACAGGCUUCACCAGUGGAAGAACUUUCCCAGAUCUUGAAAAGAGCUGAUAACUUCUUACAUUUUGUUCUUCAAAAUGCACCAGUUGUUAUUGGUCAUCAGGAUAAAGACCUGCGAUAUCGCUUCAUCUACAAUCAUUUUCCAAGUUUAGGAGAGGAGGAUAUCAUUGGAAAAACAGACACAGAGAUAUUCAAAGGUGGGGGUGUAAAGGAAUCCCAAGACUUCAAAAGAGAAGUUCUUGAAAGAGGAUUACCAGCAAAGAGAGAAAUCACUUUUGAGACCCAAUUAUUUGGAGCCAAAACAUUCUUGAUAUAUGUUGAACCUGUGUUCAGCAAAGAUGGAGAGACUAUUGGAGUAAAUUAUAUGGGCAUGGAAAUGACUGAUCAGGUGAAAAAGAGAGAAAAGAUGGCAAAACUCCGGGAAGAAAUAGCAGUUCAGAAGGCAAAGGAGACAGAACUUAACAAAACUAUUCAUAUUACAGAGGAAACAAUGAGAGCAAAGCAAAUGCUAGCAACAAUGUCACAUGAGAUAAGGUCUCCAUUAUCUGGGGUCGUUAGCAUGACAGAGAUUCUCUCCAAAACAAAACUCGAUAAGGAUCAGAAACAACUCUUGAGGGUCAUGUUGUCAUCGGGUGAUCUAGUUCUUCAACUUAUUAAUGACAUCCUCGAUCUUUCCAAAGUUGAGUCAGGAGUUAUGAAACUGGAGGCUACAAAAUUUAGGCCUAGAGAAGUAAUCAAGCAUGUUCUUCAAACUGCUGCAGCAUCGCUCAAACGAAUGCUAAUUUUGGAAGGACAUGUAGCAGAUGAUGUCCCGGUGGAGGUUAUUGGCGACGUUCUGCGGAUCCGACAAAUCCUCACGAACCUGAUCAGCAAUGCUAUCAAGUUUACCCAUGAAGGGAAGGUUCAGAUAAAUCUUUAUGUAAUAGCAGACCCAUAUCCUGAAGGCCACCAAGAACCCAAGAUAAACAUGGAUGAUUCAUCAGUUUCAACCAAAAACGGAGUCUUGUUAGAUGUACACGAGGAGAAUGAACCUCAAUCGCAUGAGACUGUGGUGUGGAUCCGUUGUGAUGUUAAAGAUACAGGCAUAGGAAUACCGGAAAUCGCGUUGCCAAAUUUAUUCAAGAAAUACAUGCAGGCCGGUGCAGAUACAGCUCGGAAAUAUGGUGGAACUGGAUUAGGUUUAGCAAUCUGCAAACAGCUGGUUGAGCUCAUGGGAGGCCAUCUGACUGUUUCAAGCAAAGAACAUUGCGGGUCAACAUUUACGUUCAUUCUACCUCAUAAACUUUCACAUGCAUGCGAUGGUUCAGAUGAUACCGAUGAGUUUGGAGAUAUGGCUGAUAACGAGGAUGACGAUAUAACUUGUGGCUUCUUCCAGUUCCAGCCAUGCGCUUUGGGCUCAACAUUCUCUUCUAAUGGUUCUGUGAUCACACAUAAAUAUAGAAUCAAUGUAACUCCUAAAGAGAUAGUUAGUUCAAUGGAUGAUGACGAUUCUUCGUGUUUUGAUACCUCAUCAGAACCCGAAAGUUCUUCAAAAUGCAACUCAGAGAAUGAAAACACAAAUUGUAUCAAGAAAGAGAAAGAGAGCCAUGAUGAUCUUGAUCUAGCCGUUGAUUCAUGUUCGCCUUCGGAUCAUCAGUUCCAUGAUAGAGGAGACUUGUGUGAAACCUGUGAAGCGAGAAAGGAUUCGAAUAGAAGCUCGGAGUGUAGUUCUAGUUCUAGCAACAGGCAAGAAGUUCUGAAAUCAGCAACGAAACCGAAGAUUCUUCUUGUGGAAGAUCAUAUGGUGAAUGUGAUGGUGGCACGACGGAUGAUGAGGCAGUUGAAUCAAGACAUUGAUGUGGUGAAUAACGGAGCUGAAGCCGUUCGUGCUGUUCAGAGUUGCUCUUACGAUCUCAUUCUUAUGGAUGUAUGCAUGCCCCUAAUGGAUGGACUUGAAGCUACACGGCUUAUUCGCUCAUUUGAGAAAACGGGUAAUUGGGAUGAAGCAAGGAAGGCCGGAGUUGAUUUCCCUUCAUAUGAUCGAAUAUUACAAGAGCCCAGAAAGAGGAUUCCGAUCAUUGCAGUAAGUACCGCAAAUUUAGAUACCGAAAACAGCAUUGCUUCUUGUAACACUUGCAUAACUAAUCUUGAAUGCAAUAUCAUAUCAAAGCUCCCAUUGCAUCAAAAUGAUCUUAUAUAUACUUGGUCUUGAGUGAAAUGUCUAAAAUGACCUUCCUUCAAAAUCAAUGGAACUGACCAAGGUUUGAUGAUGGUGUUGAGCAGAUGACUGCAAAUGCAAUGUCGGAAAGUGCAGAAGAGUGCUUCCAGAAUGGUAUGGAUUCAUUCAUAACAAAGCCUGUUAAUCUUCAA